AGUAAAAAAAUCGGUUUCGACAGCAUGACAAUUGACAGUGACAUGUAAAGUAAGGCUGUCGUUAUCUUGACGUACAUGUUUUCUGUUUACAUUUUUCCUCAGAAUUUGCUUUUGUCGGAAAUGAAAUUAAAUGAAUUCGUAUUUAUAUAUUUAUUUUUCAAGGUGAUCCGUGCUAAAUAUUAUUUAACUCUCAUUUAAGUCUAGAUCUACUUUAUUAUUAGUGUUUUUUUAAACAGUUAUAAUCACUUGGUUAUAUACUCUGGUCAUAAUGGAAUACUUUGAGAAAGCACACGUUGCGAAAAAAGAAUUUUCAAAAAAGGACAGUAAAUCCGAAGGAGACGUGAAAAAACAAUUAAAGCAAAUGUUACAGGGAUAUAAGCAAAGUGAUAUAAAAUUGAUUCGAGACAGUGAAAAUGUUUUCAAUGAUCCGUACAAAUAUUUUAAUGAAGACUCAAGUUCUGUUAGCGGCUUUUCGGAUUUGAAUCUCACUAAUUCGAGUAAUGAAGGUGAUAUAUACCUCGGUAAUACCGGUUCUGAUGCUAAAGAAAGUAACGCGUCUUUUUUACAUAAAAGCUAUGAAGGAAAAAAGAGAAUUGAUUUAAAUGAUAUUAAUUCAGUAUCUAUAUCUAGCGCAGAAUCCAUCUCUGAAUGUAAGGAUGAUAUUGGGUCCCUUUCUGAAGAUCCCAACCCUAAUGAAAGUAUAUCAUCAGAUUUAUCAGAUAACAUAUCGUUGGUCAGCAGUUUGAUGGAAACAGUUACUGAAUUUGAAUCUGAAGAUUCAGAAUCUUUUGAUGCCAAUGGGGUUUUGGCUUCAAAAAUCCUUCAGAAAUUAGCCGAGAGUGAAAAAUUUAUUAAAAAGAAAACUAAAAAGAGGUCAAUUAAAGAUGAAGACACAAUAAAAAAAGAUGUUAAAGCUAAGAAGUUAACUCAAAUUAAAAGGAAUGUUUUAAGUGCAAGUGAUGAAGACAAAAUACCUACUCUUGAAAACAUACAUGAAGACUUUCAGUCUGAGGAUAAUACUUCUCCAUUUGUAUCAGUAAUAGCCACAGAGGUGGAAGUGGACCAAAGUUUUAAUGAAAUAUUAGGAGAUUAUAAGCACUCAACUGUAAGCAAUAUGCGAUCUGAUAAUCACAUUGUAACACAUUCUACAAACAAUAGUAGUAUAUUUUCUAUAGAGAAUAUGAGUAUGGAUGAUGUACAAAUUGAAGAAGAAAUUAAUGAUCUUACUUAUGACGAUAAUAAUGAACUGACUAUUGAUGAAAAUAAUUUUAAAGAUAUAGAAUCUGAUACUGUACCUGAAGAAGAGACCACAAAUUAUGAUGAUACACUUCAAUCAGAACAAACAUUUGAAAGAGAAUUAUCUACUGAAUCAACAGAGGAGUUUGUGAAUCCAGUUAAAAUUUAUAAUGGUAAUAAUGCAUGUGUUCUAGUAUUGAAACACCCAGCAGAAAUAUUUAUUCAUGGUAAAAUAUGUGUGCAAUUGCUAGGUGGAGAAGUAGAUAUUUUUGGGUAUACUUUAGAAAAUCAGAUAUGUGAAGUGUAUGCACCGAAUUACAAUUGUGCUCAGAGAAUAAAUACAGUUGAAAAUCAGAAUGAAUAUUAUGGUUUGUUUGGCAAGUUGACUGCUGCUGGCCUGGCUGUGUAUGAAGCUGAAGACAUUGUGACAAGUAUUGGAGAAUACGAUGGUGUUAUUAAAUUGAGUCCACUUAGAAGCCCUAAGAUGGAUUUUGUUGAAGACAAUUUUAAAGCGGCAGACUUGUUUACAAAGUCAAAUAAAAAUAUAGAUAGUAGUUUAAAAAAUAUUUGCGAUAUAUUAGGAUGUUCACUUUAUCUGUCAAAGCCAUGGAAGCAUUAUACUGAGGCAAGUGUAUGGAAGCCUGUUAUUGAAUAUGCACUUGAUUCUCCAGGUAGAGGCAUAAUAUGUGGUGGAAAAGGGUUGGGCAAGUCAACAUUCCUACGGUACAAUGUGAACAGACUGUUGACUCAGGGUCCUGUACUGGUAAUUGAUUUGGAUCCUGGACAGUCUGAAUUCACUGUGGCGGGGAAUGUAUCUGCAACGGUUGUCACACAACCACUUCUUGGCCCCAAUUUUACACAUCUCAGUACCCCAGAAAAGAUGUUACAUAUAGGCAUGAUCAGCACAAUGGACAACACGAGACGUUACGCGAACGCCGUGGUCGAGCUAAUUACUUACUGUAGGAACAAUGAACGAUCCGCAAGUAUGCCGUGGAUUGUUAAUACAAUGGGCAUGUGCAACGCCAUGGGACUGAAGUUCAUAUUGCUCAUUAUAUUGCACACGCAACCCACUUACCUACUGCAGAUUGAUUCGAAAAACAUAAAGAAACGAUUCGAUUGCCAUUUGACACCGAUUGCUGUGAGACAACUAUAUUCGGAAUAUCAACAUGAUCGAUUAUUUAGAAAUACACCUUACCCCGAGAAUUUAGAGUACAAUUUCUUUCUGACUCAUAGUUCACAGGACUCUACAAAAUCGAACUAUUCAUUAGCAACACGAGAUGAGAGAUAUUUAAAUUUUCUGGCAUACUUUGGCGCAUUGUUGAGUUCUAGAGAGGAAUCGUUACUGGGAAUUACACCUUAUGAAGUGAGUUAUCGGGACUUAUACAUAGGUUUUAAUAUAAAAGUAGACCGAAAUGCAGUGUUGAAGGUGAUAAAUGGAAAAAUUGUUGCGCUAUGUCAACUGACGCAAGAUAACGAUGCCAAGGUGUUUACCCUCGCCGAUAAACCGCUGCUGUGCCAUGGAUAUGGUCUAAUUCGCAGCAUUGAUUAUGCUAAGGAGAUAUUGUACAUCAUCACACCAACCCUGAGUGACCUGUCGCUGACAAACACACUAGUGUAUGCAGACUGGGUACCAGAGUUGAGAGGACUGGAGAAACACUUGCCAGAGGGUAUAAGAGUGCCAUACCGCACUGCUGCCGCCUAUCAGCAGAGGCAGCUAAUGUUUGCACCACGCAGGAGGUUCAAUCCUGUGCAGCUGUUAAAAAUGUCAAGGAGGAGUUCCUAAAUUGAAACUGUCAAUGAUUAGUUAAUAAAUUUGUAAUUGGAAUAGAUCCAAAAUAUCUUAAAUUAUAAAAGGAAGUCUAAUUAAAUGUUAAUUAAUGUAUAUUUGAAAGAUAAUUUUGUACUUACAAUACUAAUAAAACAUAACAUAUA